AUGCCCCGCUACCAGAAACUUAUCAACGAGUGCGACAGCAAGCCGGCAGCAACUAUCGCCCAGCAGCAGCAGCAACAUCGCUAUCAGCAGCAGCAACACAAGUCGCCGAGCGUGGGCUAUCACCUGUAUUUGUACCGCCAGCAGCUUGCCCAGAAAAAUGUGGAGUACAUGAGGUUGUCCAAGGCCAAGUACUUCAUCACCGACACACUCCUGGCCAAAACGGUGCGGAAUUUGAAAGGCUGCAGUGUCGACGAACUAAAGACCGUUAAUCACCAGAUCGUCUUUCGGCACAAGCUGCGUCAUCAGAUCCAGCGACUUCGGAAACUCAAGAGCCUGGGGAUCAAAAAUGCCAACCCCAAAAUGGAGAGCACGGAACUGUAAGAAGAAAGGAUGAGCAGGAUCAGCAAGAGAAGCGGUUUCUGAAGCUAUGAUAUAAGCAUAGUUUCAGGGAAAACCACCAUUACCUAUUCAAUUUGUACAUCUCUUUGUAGUUUUGAUUUCGCUAAAUUAUCUAAGAAUUACAAAGCAUAUAUUAUCAUUAGCUUA